AUGGCCUUCUACAAGGACGGCUCCCAGCUGUUCGAGGAGUGGCUUCAGCUCGCGGGGGACAAGGUAGCUCCAGUGUCGGUUCCCUCUUUGGGCAAGGACGAUGCGCUGAUCGUCAUCGAUAUGCAAGCCGACUUCGUUCCCAAAGAUUCCUCGAGCAAUCCGAACGGCGGCCGCUUCGGUGUAGCCGAAGGUGCCAAUGUCAUCCCACUGAUCUCCAGCCUGGUGGACAGCGCAGUCAGCGUCGGAGCGACUAUUUGUGCCACUCGC